GUUUGUCUUCAUGAAGCAUGCCGUCGAACAAGUUGCGGGUUUGUUCUUCCGACGAUAGCAAUCGAGUCGAAACAAACACAAACACGCCUUGAAAAUCUGACGUCACCCCAUCACCAUCACCAAUUUGCUCUUUAAUAUCACAAUGGCAUCUCUCGCCCACCAGCUACGUCCGGCCCUCCUCCGUCGCGCCGUCGGAGGCCGCCGGUGUCUGACCACCAACGCGACGCAAGCCGCCGCCGAGCUCCUCGACACCUUCGCCGGCAAAGACGUCGUCCGCAGGCAGCUCCUCGACGCUAACCAGCUCCAGCGCCUCAGCCUGACGCUCAACCGCAGGGAGCUGCACCGCGGCCAGGACGUCUCCGCGGACGCGCCGGCGCAGGGCACGCCGCUGCCGCCGGGCUACCACCUCGUCUACUUCACGCCGGCCGGCGUCGAGAGCGAGCUGGGCAUGGACGGGACGGACAAGACGUUCAACGCGCCGGGGCCGUUCACGCGCCGGAUGUGGGCCGGCGGGAGGAUGCGGUUCGUCGAGGGCACCUCGUUGAGGGUCGGCGAGGAGGUCGAGGAGCGGACGAGGCUUGUUGCAGCGACGCCGAAGACCAGCAGGAGCGGCGACGAGAUGGUGCUCGUCGACGUCGAGAAGGAGUUUUGGGGCCGCGACGGGCUGGCCGUGAAGGACCGGAGAUCAUGGAUCUUCCGCCCCGAGGUCAACGUGUCCCGGGCCGCCGAGACGGCACCGCCCCGCAGCGUCAGGCCGUCGGCUUUCGGGCCUUCCACGACCACUGACCGGGCCGGCGCAGACGGCAGCGGCGUGGUCCGCUACCUCCGGUGGUCCCCCGUCGGCCUCUUCCGGUUUUCCGCCCUCACCUUCAACGGCCACAUGAUCCACUACAACGAGCCUUGGACCAAGGACAUCGAGCGCCAUCCCGAUGUCGUGGUCCACGGGCCGCUGAACCUGAUCGGCAUGCUCGACUACUGGCGGGACGUGUACGGCCGGGACGGUGCCGAGGUGCGGGAGGUCGGGUACAGGGCCACGUCGCCGUUGUACGCGGGCGAUGAGUACACCGUCCGCACGGCGGCUGUCGAGGGGGGCAAGGAGUACGAGAUACUGGUCGAGAAGGGCAGUACGGUGUGCAUGAAGGGUGAGAUUCUUAGCAGCUGAGCAGUAGGAUGAGCCAUGACUUCUGUGCCUUUCCAGUCGGUGGCCUGUCAAGGUCAUGAGCGCAUAAGGGGAGAGCCCUGCGAGACCACGAUCUGCAACAUACUGGGUGAUGAGUCUUGGAGUUAACAACCAGCCGGCGCAAAAGCGAACUCACAACGGCUAUCGGCUGUUUAAAUCCUCUUCUCGACAGUG